AGUAUACACUCGAUAGAGGCCCCUUUCCAUAGACGAGCUGUCGACGAGAGCUGACACAUUUGCAACAACUUGUCAUACAAGUCCGCGGCACGUUGUUUAGAAGCGCGUACUGAUGCAGCGACGUGCAGUCACGGCGAUGGGCACUCGCUCAGUGCCCCCACCGCCUCCAGUAGCCUGCACCGUGGAUACCGGCUCUGAAUGGGCGCAAGCAGAAUUGAGCACAUACUUCAAAAGCCAUCCAGAGAAGCUUACACUGUUGCUUGAUCGAAUCUGUGUCCUGUUGCGAAACUGCUCGAAUGGCGACAUGGCCCCUUUUAUUACUGAGAUGGACACAAUGAUCGAGACUUUGAAUGAGGACAUCGACGAGGAGCGGCGCGGCGUGGCGGGGCGCACCUCCCGCAUGGCCGACUACUCGGACGUCACAAACGACUUCCUACACUUCUUCCUGGACGGCGUGAUGGACGCAAUGGAGAAGGAGCAGUCAGGGCUCGGGACGGGGGCGGGGGCGGGCGGGCCGGCGCUGCAGCCCAGCCGUCGCGUGAGCGCGCCCAUGGGCGGGAGCCUGCGUGCCAGCUCCGCCGCGCCGGCAUCAGCAGGCGGCGGCAGCGGCCGGUUCGCCUCGGCCCGGCGGUCGCAGCAGUAGAGCACAACCACGCGUUGUGCAUUGCGUGCAGAAAAUAGUAUCGUGGUAGAGAGCCGGUGUCGUGUGAGGGCGAGGCGUCUUUUAUUUGGUAAAGGUUAGCGUGUGUAGGCAGGUCUGCGUGCGUGCUGCCGGAAAUCGUUUGUAUGGCGGAGCGCGCACACAAGCUUUGGUAGGCGAGAAUACUUGCUAAGACUCCCGACGUUCUCCAUUCAUCCUGACACUGUGUUUUUGUGACGCUGGUGCCCGGACCACACAUGAGUAAACUUGGCUUGUUGACUGAUGGGCAUGUGAGCCCAGUCUGUUGCUGUUUCGCUUGCGUUUGCUGGUUUGCUUCAGUGCAUGUGCAUAGGCCCCCAGAUAGGCACGGAUGUUGUGCCCUUCAUCUGCAUCUACGACUCCUGCGGCUUAAUGACGAUUGGGGCCGCAGCACUGCAGCUGUAGGUGGUGAAGGCGCGAGUCCCCCGGGCCGCUCAGGCGCUCAAGAUACUCGAGGCUGUCGGCGUGGGGUUUGGUGGUGAGGCAAGGGGCGGGACGUUAACGCCCCCGAAUGGGUGUAUGUGACGCGAGUUCCGGCAGUUUAAGGAAGGCAGUCAAGGCGCCUAUGGCAUCUGAGGGCGUCAUCGGUAGCAUGACUGGUACACACGGGUCGACAGCGGACCGAGUACUGCAUUGCGGUGGAAUGGUGGAUGCACUGCCUCGCUGGCAGACCUGCAGAUGUUGCGGGAGCGCUGUUUCAAGUGCCGUUUGCCCGGCCACGAACCCAAUCAACCCAUGCAGCAGGGUGCGCUGCGGCGUGUGGGCGUGGCCCCAAGUGGUUGACCAGGGACAACCGCGGGUGCAUGCAGGCAGGGUGACCAGCUCGCCCAUAUAUUUCGUAAUCUGUGAUCAAGUAUGGCAGUAGGCUUGUGAAUUCGUCCAUGCAGUCUGUAGAAGAAUAGACGGUUGGCCCAGUGUGCGGUUCGAUUUGUGGAGGUUCAGGCGAAGGAUUAGCGCGAGGAUUCAGACGAGACAUGGCGUGUGCAGGUCGUCCCUCUGUUAAACGCAUGGUAAUCUGCGGCGGCCGUGUAUCGGUCUGGGCUAGAGUUAGACCACAGCUGUAAGAACAUGUGCGC